GCAGCUGCAGUGGCAGUGAAGGUGGAGAACCUCCUUCUUCCCACUACCUGCUCUGGAAACUGCUCAACGACCAAUUGGGGGCAACCCAGCCCGAUACAGCAUGUGAGAGCCCUCUUGAGCACAUCAGUUACGCCAGAUGCAACUGCUGUAAGGAAGUAAGGGAAACAUUUUCUGAAACUGGGAAGGUUUUUUGGAGGAAGAUGGAGAACCCACUUCUUUUAUUCCCCCAACUAAACAUUUCUGCUUCAAAGGAUAAAUCCUAUUACAAAGUCAUGAAACCAACAAUUAAAGAAGAGCCACAUAAAGCAAGCAAGCCUGGAGCUAAGCAGAAGAGAAAUAGGCUGAGCCUUCUCCUGCAGAAGCCUGAAUUCCAUGAAGGUGAUCAUCUUGGUAAACCCGGAAACUUGACAAAAGCGGCAAGUGUGUCUCCUGAAGAAGCAGUGAAAUGGGGAGAAUCUUUUGACAAACUGCUUUCUGAGAAAGCUGGAUUGGAUGCCUUUACGAAGUUUCUGAAAACUGAGUUCAGCGAGGAGAACAUCGAGUUCUGGAUAGCUUGCGAGGAUUACAAGAAAAGCAAAACUGCACAUGAACUUUUGCCAAAAGCUAAGACCAUUUAUGAAACAUUCAUACAGAAAGAUGCUCCAAAAGAGGUGAAUUUGGACUUUCAAACCAAAGAAGUCACAAGUCAGAAUAUUGAACAGCCCAUCAUCACCACCUUUGAUGCCGCACAAAACACAGUCUACAGGCUGAUGGAGCAAGACAGCUACCCACGCUUCCUAAGAUCUGAUCCUUAUUUAAAUUUGGUUAAGGGGAGAAAUCCCAGUCGUCCUACCCUUAGGAGACGAUCAAGAUCUUUUACUGUCAAUGAUUUCCAGGGCGUACGACCAGACUUUACCGUUUGGUAACAUGGAAACUCAACCUUC